GCCGGCGAGCCACCUUUCCGGGUGUAGGCUCCUCAAGAGGAGAGGGGCGGUUGGUGUGGUUUCCAUUGUUCGGGAUUUAGGGCGCCAUGAGGGGCGACAGAGGCCGAGGUCGUGGUGGGCGCUUUGGUUCCAGAGGAGGCCCAGGAGGAGGGUUCAGGCCUUUUGUGCCACAUAUCCCGUUUGAUUUCUAUUUGUGUGAAAUGGCCUUCCCCCGGGUCAAGCCGGCACCUGAUGAAACUUCCUUCAGUGAGGCCUUGCUGAAGAGAAAUCAGGACCUUGCUCCUAAUUCUGCUGAACAGGCCUCUAUCCUGUCUCUGGUGACAAAAAUAAACAAUGUGAUUGACAAUUUGAUUGUGGCUCCAGGAACAUUUGAAGUGCAAAUUGAAGAAGUCCGACAAGUUGGGUCAUAUAAAAAGGGAACGAUGACUACAGGACACAACGUGGCUGACCUGGUGGUAAUCCUGAAGAUCCUGCCAACAUUGGAAGCUGUUGCUGCCCUAGGGAACAAAGUCGUGGAGAGCCUAAGAGCACAGGAUCCUUCUGAAGUUUUGACCAUGCUGACCAAUGAAACUGGCUUUGAGAUCAGUUCUUCUGAUGCUACAGUGAAGAUUCUCAUUACAACAGUGCCACCCAAUCUCCGAAAACUGGAUCCAGAACUCCACUUGGAUAUCAAGGUGUUGCAGAGUGCCUUAGCAGCCAUCCGACAUGCCCGCUGGUUUGAGGAAAAUGCUUCUCAAUCUACAGUUAAAGUUCUCAUCAGACUUCUGAAGGACCUGAGGAUUCGUUUUCCUGGCUUUGAGCCCCUCACACCUUGGAUCCUUGAUCUUCUCGGACACUACGCCGUGAUGAACAACCCCACCAGACAGCCUUUGGCCCUAAACGUGGCAUACAGGCGUUGCUUGCAGAUUCUGGCUGCAGGACUGUUCCUGCCGGGGUCAAUGGGCAUCACAGACCCCUGUGAGAGCGGCAACUUCAGAGUACACACAGUCAUGACUCUGGAGCAGCAGGACAUGGUCUGCUACACAGCUCAGACCCUGGUCCGGAUCCUUUCACAUGGUGGCUUUAGGAAGAUCCUUGGUCAGGAGGGUGAUGCCAGCUAUCUUGCUUCUGAAAUAUCUACCUGGGAUGGAGUGAUAGUUACACCUUCCGAAAAAGCUUAUGAGAAGCCACCAGAGAAGAAGGAAGGAGAGGAAGAGGAGGAGAAUACAGAAGAACCACCUCAAGGAGAGGAGGAGGAAAGCAUGGAGACUCAGGAGUGACCGUCCUGUAUCUUCACCCUGUAUUACCCAGAGGGAAGACUGGAGCUUGAUUAAGCUCAUUGCUACUGGGCUUUAUAUGGUGGCACUUCUGCGGGAUGGGGAGACAGGAAGGAAAAUAAAAAUAAACUAUGGAAGGAAGUGUCAUCCCACUUAGUUCUUAUAUUGACUUAAUAGCCAGAGGUCUCCCAUCUAUAGUGAAACAGGAUAAUGACUUUUCUUCAUAAUACUGUACAAUCCCUAGCUCCUGGAAACCUCUCUCAA